AUGUUCAGUAGACUUGUAUCUUAUCGAUAUCCAAUUGGUGUCCAAUUAAAACAAGCAAAUAGGAUCAUGUCAAAUAAGAAACAACAAUCAUUAGCUCGGUUUUUUGGAGGUAUCACACCUCCCUCAGGUUCAAAUUCAACAUCUCCUGAAAAACAACAAUCAUUGACAAGAUUUUUUGGAAGUUCCUCAAACAAUAGUAGUCCGAAAAAGGCAACCACUGAAGCUAAACAGAAAAGAGAAGCUACACCACCUAAAUCGCCACCCCGUUCCAAGAAAGCUAGAAUUGAAACAAAGUCUGAUGAGAGUAGUAGUAGUAGUAGUAGUAAUGGUGAUAUCGAGAUGGAAACAGAACCCAAAUUGGAAAAAAAUAAUGGGUCUGGCAAUGAUGUUCGUAAUGAAGCUGAAGAAUUGAUCAAACUCAGCGAAUCAGAACAAGCUAAACACAGUAAUGAAAAAUUGGGUGUCAAAAUUCCCUAUGCCAAAUUAGCAUCUGUGUUUGAAGCAAUUGAAAAUGAAAGUUCUCGAUUAGCAAUUAUUGCCAUUAUAUCACAAUUUUUUUUGGAAGUUUUACAACAACUGACAAUUGAUAAACUUAUUCGUAUUGUCUAUUUAUGCAUAAAUAGACUUGGUCCUGAUUAUGAACCCGGGUUGGAAUUAGGGUUAGGUGAAACCAUUUUAAUUAAAGCUAUUAGUGAAUGUUAUGGAAGAGAAACAUCGAAAAUCAAAGCUGAUUAUAAAUCUACAGGAGAUUUAGGUUUAAUUGCCCAAAAAUCAAGAAGUUUACAACCAACAAUGUUCAAGACUGCCCCACUUGACGUUGAUACUGUUUUUGAUAAUUCAUUGAAAAUUGCCAAAUCAACUGGGAAAGAAUCUCAAUCGAAGAAAAUCAGUAUCAUCAAACAAAUGUUAACUGCAUGUCAAAUGAAAAGUAGCGAAGCCAAGUUUUUAAUUCGUUCAUUACAAGGGAAAUUAAGAAUUGGACUGGCUGAAAAAAGUAUUAUUGUGGGAUUAGCUCAAGCAUUUGUUAAUUAUGAAAAUAAAUCUAAUAAAAAAAUUGAUCCAUCUAAAUUAGCUGAAGCUGAAGAAAUUAUGAAGGAAGCAUUUUCACGUGUUCCUAAUUAUGAAGUGGUGUUGAAAACUGCUUAUCAAUACGGUAUCUUCAAUCUUUUGGAACAUUGUUUUGUUACCCCAGGGAUACCGUUGAAACCAAUGUUGGCAAACCCUACAAAGUCUAUCGGAGAAGUAUUGGAUCGUUUCCAAAAUGAAGAAUUCACUUGUGAAUAUAAAUACGAUGGUGUUAGAGCUCAAGUUCAUAUAUUGUCUGAUGGAUCCAUCAAAGUAUUUUCAAGAAAUUUGGAAGAUAUGACACAAACUUAUCCUGAUUUGAUUUCUAUUGGUAAGCAAUUUGCCGUUAGUGGUAAUACUAUUUCCAUGAUUUUAGAUUGUGAAGCAGUAGCUUGGGAUAGAGAAGAUCAUAAGAUUUUACCAUUUCAGAAAUUAACUACUAGAAAAAGGAAAGAUGUCAAUGAAGAAGAUAUCAAAGUGCAAAUUUGUUUAUUUGCCUUUGAUUUAUUGUAUUACGAUAAUGAAUCACUUUUACCCAAAUCAUUAGCUGAAAGAAGGAAAAUCAUGCAGGAGAAUUUAUCUCCAAUUGAAGAUAGAUUUCAAUUUGCAACUGCCACGAAUUCAUCUUCCAAUUUGGAAGUGCUACAACAGUUUUUGGAUCAAUCAAUUAAGGAUUCAUGUGAAGGGUUGAUGGUAAAGAUGUUAAAUGGACUGGAAUCGUUUUAUGAACCAUCGAAACGUUCAAGAAAUUGGUUGAAAUUGAAAAAAGAUUAUCUUGAAGGAGUUGGUGAUUCGUUAGAUUUGGUAGUUAUUGGAGCUUAUAAUGGGAAAGGUAAAAGAACGGGAACUUAUGGUGGGUUUUUAUUAGCUUCAUAUAAUGAAGAUUCAGGGGAUCUUGAAACUUGUUGUAAAAUAGGUACAGGUUUUAGUGAUGAAGAUUUACUCAAUUUAUACAACAAAUUGCAUCCAACAGAAAUUGCAUCACCGAAAAAUUAUUUUGUUUAUGACACCAAUAAUUCAAAUGCUGUUCCUGAUGUUUGGUUUGAGCCUAGCAUGUUGUUUGAAGUUUUAACGGCAGAUUUAUCUUUAAGUCCUAUUUAUAAAACAGGUCAUCAAGAAUUUGGAAAAGGUGUAUCAUUAAGAUUCCCUAGAUUUAUACGAGUAAGAGAUGAUAAAGGUAUUGAAGAUGCUACUAGUUCUGAUCGUGUUUGUGAAUUUUACCAACGUCAAGCCCAUGUAAACAAUUGA